AUGGCUGCAGAAUCGAACUCAAAUUCUUCAUCAAAUCUCAGAAUCAUUGUCCAAAACAACCCUUCAGACUCACAACUCUCUGAAUUAGGUAUCAGAUCCUGGCCUAAAUGGGGCUGCCCGCCGGGGAAGUACCAGCUAAAAUUUGAUGAACAAGAAACCUGUUAUCUACUCCGGGGGAAAGUGAAAGUGAAAUCUAAAUACUCAUCGGAAGUAGUAGAAUUCGGCGCCGGGGAUCUUGUGAUUUUACCGAAGGGACUCAGUUGCACCUGGGAUGUAUCUGUUGCAGUCGACAAACACUACAAAUUCGACUCGUCUCCACCUUCAUCGUCAUCGUAA